CGAUUGGCACGACAGGCGGAGAGGCGGAUUACAAAAAAAUCGAAGGGAGGGAGGGAGAAAGCAAGAAAGGGAGAGUGAGGAGCAGCGAUCACACUGGUCUGACCUUCGAAGGGUGAGGUUGGUGUGCACGUCCUCUGCGCGUGUGUGUGUGCGUGUGUGUGCGUUGUGUGUGCAUCACGUUGAUGUGCAUCUUCUCUGUGCGUUUGUUUGCGUUUGUUUGCGUGUGUGUGCGUGUGAGUGGGUGUACGUGUGCGUGUGAGUGUGUGUGCGUGUGUGCAUCAGGGUGAUGUGCAUGUCCUCUGUGCGUGUGCGUGCGUGCAUGUGUGUGUGUGUGUGUGUGUGUGUGUGAAAGAGUGUGUGUGUCUGUGAAUCUGCGUACGUGCUUGUGCAUGUGUGUGAGAGAGAGUGUGUGUGAGUGUGAGAGAGUGUUUGUGUGUUUUAAUCUGCGUACGUGCGUGUGCAUUUGUGAGUGUGUGUGUGUGUGUGUGUGUGUGUGUGUGUGUGUGUAACUGUGUACGUUCUUUCGGGGUUACUCUCGAUCGGAUGGGAGCGGUGCUCGGUAGCCGAAAGAGUAUAGGAGCGUGGGUGGUUGACACGGGAAGGAGAAUCUUUUCAGAACAAGGCAGGGGGGGAAGGAGGAUUAAUACCACGACAACGAAGGCGAUUCUGCUGGUGACCGAGAUGGCCGUCGCUGCUGCCGCUGUGUUCGCCAUGUUCCUAGCUGCAACCUGGCUGUUGACGCAGCCGGUUAUGGCGCAACAGGGUCAGCCGUCGAUUCCUGAUCUGAUCCAGCAAUCUUCGGCAGGCAAGAACUUGAGUUUAUUCGCUGAGGGUUUGCGAUCCUUACCGAAUGUUCUUCAAGCGAUGGAGAAUCAGCGUCAAAAGCCUGAAGGGGUGACCAUCUUCGCACCCACCGACGUCUCGCUGCUUGCAACGCCUGAGGCCAUCGUCCGAUGUCUCGAGCAAUCGCCACGAGAAAAGGAGAUUUUGACGGCUUUUAAAUUGUCCCACGCGAUCCCAGUGCGUCUGCCGAUGGACGCGUUGACGACGACGGUCAGCCAGUCGCCGAAUGGGAAGUUCCUGCAGCCCACGUUGGCGGGAGGAGACUCCAGCGCCGUCGUUAUCCGCCAAGCGGCAUCAAGGUACCCUGGCGCAAAUACAGGCAUCUUCGUGGAUGAUGCGCAGAUCUUACCGGAUGGGUCCGACGUCGUGACCGCUGCGGGUGUCGUCGUGCACGUCAUCGAUCGGCCAAUUCUUACUCCGAAUGUCGUGCAGAUGAUCGAGGAGGCCUGUCCGAUGGCAGUGGCUUGCGUCCCACCACCGCCAUACACCGAUGGAGCGUAGAAGGAGCGGACGGACACGGGGAGGUGGACGAGAUGACUCAGCUGCGCUACUCACCGAUGGAGCGGAGCAGGAGGGAGGAGCAGCUGCACGAACGCACCGUCGC